AGCUUUGACUAGGAGUUUACUAAAUGAGUAUUGUGACAAAAUCGAUAGUAAAUGCAGAUGCAGAAGCAAGAUAUUUAAGCCCUGGUGAAUUAGAUAGAAUUAAAAGUUUUGUUCUUUCAGGACAACGUAGAUUAAGAAUUGCACAAAUUUUGACAGAUAAUAGAGAAAGAAUAGUAAAACAAGCUGGCCAACAACUAUUUCAGCAAAGACCAGAUAUAGUAUCUCCAGGUGGUAAUGCCUAUGGAGAAGAAAUGACUGCUACAUGUUUGAGAGACUUAGACUAUUACUUACGUUUAGUGACUUAUGGAGUAGUUGCAGGAGAUAUAUCACCUAUAGAAGAAAUUGGAUUAGAAGAUUUUAUGCAAGAUGCUAUAACAGCAGUUAUUAAUACAGCAGAUGUACAAGGAAAGUAUCUAGAUAAUAGUUCUAUAGAAAAACUUAAAGGUUAUUUUCAAACAGGUGAACUAAGAGUUAGAGCAGCAGCAACCAUAGCUGCUAAUGCAGCAGGUAUAAUUAAAGAUGCUGUAGCUAAAUCAUUAUUGUAUUCAGAUAUUACUAGACCAGGUGGUAAUAUGUAUACAACAAGAAGAUAUGCAGCAUGUAUAAGAGACCUAGAUUAUUAUCUGAGAUAUGCCACUUAUAGUAUGUUAGCUGGUGAUCCGUCAAUUUUAGAUGAAAGAGUCUUAAAUGGUCUUAAAGAAACCUAUAAUUCUUUAGGUGUACCUAUUGGUGCUACCAUUCAAUCUAUACAAGCUAUGAAGGAAGUAACUAGCAGUUUGGUUUAAGUUAAAGAAAAAAAGAGAUCGUUCU